AUGCUUUCCAUCGUAAAUGAGAUCAUCACAAAUACUUACUCGGCAUUGACAGUUACUCACGAACAACGUUAUGUUCAUGAUGCAUUACAAGCAAUUGAUAAUACAGAUAGAUUUGCAUUACUCAAUCGCCGUACACGUUCUCUGGGCGAAAAUAAUUAUGGUGUCAUACACGACGUCCACACAUUUGUCGUAGCUCGCGAGCAUUAUACGACCAUGAUUAAAGAAUGGAAACGUGAUAUUGAAGCCCGACGAGAUGAAACAAGAAACUAUUUAAUUUUAGGCCAAGAUACUCUGGAAGUACGAGAUGAUGAAACACGGAUUGAAAUUGUGGGUAUUGAAAUUCCAACAAGCCUAAUUAAAACGAAAGUUGCAACAGCUCCACCUGUGACUGCAACCAAUGCGGUUUUAUUUCUCACAAAACAAGAUAUCGUCAAACAAUUUACGCUAAAUAUACAGCAAAAAUACGCUUUUAUGAUUGCUUAUACCGGUACUAUCGAUAAUCAGUUAUUAAUGUGCAUACCUGGUUGCGGUGGUACUGGAAAAUCUCAGUUGAUUCGUGCAAUUACCAAGGCUGUCUUAAACAAAACAAUGGAAAUGGGACUUGCCCCAAUUGUAUACAUUGCUCAAGAUUAUAUUCAAGGAAAAACUGUGGAUGAUAUACGGUUACGUCAAGCAAUACUUGAACUACCUAACAAUAAAACAGAACAUCUUCCAGGGUAUUUACCUCUCGUACCAGAAAUGCCAGUUUUACUCACAGAAAACGUCGCUAGUGAGAUCGGACUCCCCAACGGUACACGUGGAAUACUUCGUCAAUUUGUAUACGAUGAAUCACCAGAAGAUGUUCGAUACCACGAUCAGAAUUUUCCACCAAAUACCAAGUUUAUAACGCAACCAAAGUAUGCUUUAGUAGAAUUUCCUGAUUGCAAACUUGAUGAAAAACUUGCUCAACUGUCUUCCAAAAUAGUCUCUAUAGCUGUUAGUGAACAAACAUUCCUGUUUGACGCCAAAGAACUUCUUCCAGAAAAUGUAGCAAAAGCGGCCAAAAUAAACACGAAAACAACAAAACUCACGCUCAAACGUAAAGCACUUCUGCUUAUACCGGCAUAUAGCAUGACAACGUAUAAAAGCCAAGGCCAAACACUCGGUGAAAUUAUCGUCGAACUGGUGAUGCCACCUGGCCCAAUCGAACUCGCAUCGGUUUAUGUUCCAUUAUCUCGUGUAAAGAGACUUGACGAUUUACUAAUUAUACGUUCAUUUGAAUUUGCAAUACUUCAAGUUAAACCAUCAACGGUCCAAAUAGAAGAACUUAAACGAUUAGAUAGAAUAGCACAAGAUACUCGGAAACGCUUUCAAUUCACAGUUUAA